CCAUUGGCAAUGACAAUCAUCCAUCCAGCUAGCAUACACGCGCUUGCCGCCGACUUGAUCUCGGUAUAAAUGAAGCUGUACCGGGUUUGGCGGGGAUUAGUUUUUGCCUUAGAAUCUUGUUUGCCGGGAGGAAGUUCUGGUUCGGUGAAUUAUUGGUGGACGCGGUUGAUCAAUCUGGUAUAUAGGAUGAAGUUAUUGGUGGUUGGAGUUUUGGUAGUGCUUCACUUUGGAUGCGGCCAGGCACGAUUGGCACCAGUGCUAACAGCAUGCUCCCGCAGCGAUCCAAGGUUCGAAAAAUGCGUCAAGGAAGUCGUGGAGCGGAUACGACCAAACAUUGCCGGGGGAAACUACGGAGAGGGCCAGCCGGGUGCCCCGCUCCUGGAACCGAUCAUGAUAGAUAAGAUGAGCAUCGAUCAUGGACCGGGAUUCCGGGCGAAGCUAACCAACGUCACAAUCAAAGGGGCCGGAGAUUUCCAAGUUCGACGAGUGAAACUCAACAUGGAUGAGAAGAUGUUCAACGUUAGCGUAAAGCUUCCCAAAAUGAUCGUUAACGGACAAUACACGCUGGACAUGAAGGUACUGGUGUUACGCAUCUCCGGCCAGGGUGAUUUCGAUCUGAUUCUCGAUAAUACAAUUGCCAACAUGCGACUUAAGUACUACCUCAAGCCGGGUCCGGACGGUAAGGAGUACGUCCAGUUCCAGCCGAUCCAGGUUAAGCUGCGCUUCGAUAAGGGCAAGUUCAAUUUGCACAAUCUGUUCAAUGGGGAUCCCACGCUCGGCCAGAUCGGAAACAGUGCAAUCAACGAGGACCCGCACGUGCUGCUGGAUGAAGUCAAGCCGGCGUUCGAGGAGAGCUUGGCCAAACAGUUUACCGCGAUGGCAAACAGUGCGGUGAGCGGGGCGACCGAGUUGGAUAUUCUUCCACUGUGAUAUUAGAGGUAGUAUUGUUUAGUUUGUAAGAA